CGUCAAGAUGGACGUAACUUUGAGGCGCGCUGUCACAUCUGUGACCGAUCGAGUGUUUCCUGUGUCCAAAGCUUCUCAGGAUCCGCAAAAACAUCACAUUCUAAGAUCCGGAAAUGACUAUGUCACAAAUUUGCCCCUGCAGAUGUCUCUCUACUUCAACACAUGUUUCGCCCCAUUUUGGAUCAUCACAAGCAUUGUACUAUUUGAAGCCAAGUUUGACACUCUGCCCAUCCUGUAUAAAAUCAUCCUCACAGCCAUCUACGUCAUCUACUCCAUCCUUGAAGUCAUCAGACUCUAUUUGGGUUACUUAGGAAACCUGACAGAAAGGGUCCCGGAGUUAGCCGGCUGCUGGCUUCUCACACUCCUCAUCCAGCUCCCACUUAUCCUCUUCCUCCUCCUCAAUGAGGAUACGAACAUCCUCCCCUUGGAACGGGCUGUUCACAUUGUGGAGCUUCUGUUCGUCCUCUUUGAGGCGUUCACAGGUUACUUCGCCAUCCGCAUCAUGGUGAACUAUCAGGUCACAAGAUUUCACCUGCAGCAGUUCAGUGACCUUGAACAGUUGCCUGAGCACUACACACAUGUGCAGGACGUUCAUUACAGGUGAUUCACCAGGUGAAAAUGUUCGCCUUGAAGAUGUACGCUAAAGGUGCUUCUGAGGCAGAGAAAUUACUGAUUUCACCUGUCAAAGGUGACCUGUUAAAGGUAUUCAUUAAAGGUGAUCAAACAAAAUUUAACCAGUAAUGAAGCAGUGACAUCAUGUAGCUCACCGUCACAAAGUUGAGUCCAGGUGCUCUGAACAGUCCACCCAAAAACCUGCAGAAGACAGUGAGCAAGAAGAGCCAUCCAACCCAAAGAGUUAACACCUGUGCAAAUCGUUCAUUACAUCUGACCGUGAGGUUCUCCAGUAGGAUUUUUUUUCAUUUUGAGGAUGAAGUAAAAUGUUCGGGCUGGUAUAUGUCAAAAAUUGUUGAAAAUUGACCUAAGUGAACAGUGAAAUGAUACCAUUGAUGAAACCCUAGACUGAGACACAUACGUCAGUACCAGAUAUUGGUACGUGUGUAUUUAACAGCUGGGUUUAGAAGCCUUCUUGGGUAGGCAGAGCUAUAAAUAUUUUUUCUUUUUGGGAAUACUUAAAACGGCAUGUAGAAUCUUAGGUUAUACGCAAAUAAGGUGAGAAUAGAGGGUAGAUAACUCAUUCACGAGUAAGGUUAGGAUAAUGAAAAAUUAAGCAUAGAUAUCCCGAAACAAGUGAGAAAUCUCACAUUCUGUUUUUUUCUGUUUCUCACAUUUCAAAUGACAAUAUUUUAGUCAAAAUUCUAUUUUGUCAUCUUAAAAAUAUUGAAAUGUCAAAUGUACGACUUUCUCUCGAGGACCUAGAAAGUGACAGCACCCAUGAAUGGUGAUAUCGUGGUACUAGCAAUUCUGCCAGGGAGUUUUGCAUGUCCGUUGGAAAUACUUUUCCGUCCAUCCAUUGUUAUAUUAUGUGUUAGUUGUGUAUUUUAUUCUAUAUCGAUACACAUUUGUUUUUAAAGAGAAAAUGUUCCAGUUGUGUACAGUCUUCGAUAUGUUACUUACGUGUCAUGUAAAAAAAAAAUAAAAUUUCA